CGCGCGCUCAGAGCUGGUACAGAUCUCAGCUCUGCAACACGAGCACGAGCCGCUCUGUCUGUCUGUAUCUCUCGCGCUGAAUCCGCUGCUGCUGAAGAUGCUCCUCCAGUCCGCCCGCGUGCUGGGAUUGCUGGGAUUGCUGGUCUGCGGCAGUCACGCUGUUCUUCAGGUGUCUAUAUCCCUCAACAAGGUGGAGCUGAGUGUUGGAGAGUCCAAAUUCUUCACCUGCACAGUCAUUGGUGAGCCGGUCAGCAUCAACUGGUUCAACCCUCAAGGCGAGCGAAUUAUUUCCAACCAGAGGGUCGUGAUGCACACGGAGGGCGUCCGGUCCAGACUCACCAUCUACAACGCCAUCAUCGAGGACGCUGGGAUAUACCGGUGCCAGGCGGUGGACAUCAAGGGACAGACUCAGGAGGCCACAGUGGUGCUGGAAAUAUACCAGAAGCUGACCUUCCGGGAGGUGAAGACGCCUCAGGAGUUUCGACAAGCAGAGGAUGCCGAGGUGGUGUGUGACGUGAUCAGUUCUCCUGUCCCUGCCGUCUCCUGGUUCUAUAAGAACCGAGAGAUCACGCCGGAGAACAGCAACAGGCUCCAGGUCCUUCCCAACAACAACCUCCAGAUCCUGAAAGUGGCCAAAGAGGAUGAGGGGGUGUACCGCUGCGAGGCGCGAGUGGAGGCCCGAGGCGAGAUCGAUUUCCGGGACAUCGCGGUGGUGGUAAACGUUCCCCCUGUGCUGUCAGUUCCUCAGGAGGCCUUCAACGCCACGGCUGACUACCAGGAAUCCGUGACAUUUACCUGCAUCACGUCGGGCUCUCCUGACCCUGAGGUCACAUGGCUCCGGAAGGGACGACAAAUCGAGAGAUCUGAGCAGUACAUGUUCAACAUGCUUGAAGGAGGCAAGAGCACACUCACCAUUAAGAACAUCAGACAGGGGGACGGAGGCCUGUACACCUGCAGAGCCAGUAACAAGGCUGGAAGCAAGGAGAGCGAGAUUCUACUCAAAGUGUUUGUUCAGCCGCACAUCACUCAUCUGAGGAACGUGACGGCGGUGGAGGGCAGCGCUGCGAUGAUCUCCUGCACCGCUGAGGGAGAACCUCUGCCUGAGAUCUCCUGGAGGAGAGCCAGCGAUGGACAGACCUUCUCUCACGGGGACAAGAGCCAGGAUGGAAGAGUGGAGGUUCAAGGGCGUCACGGCAAGUCCAUGCUGACCAUCAGCGGAGUCCGUCUGUCUGACUGGGGUCGCUUUGAUUGUGAAGCUCUCAGCAGAAUCGGAGGCCAUCAGAAAAGCAUGUUCCUGGAUAUUGAGUAUGCUCCAAAGUUUCAGAUCAAUCACACCAUCUUCUACUCGUGGGAGGGGAAUCCAGUAAACAUUAGCUGUGACGUGUUGUCCAACCCUCCAGCCACCAUGCUGUGGAGACGAGACCGGUUCACCAUCUCCAACGAAGGAACCAGCAACACCCGCAUCCACACCGCAGAGGGAAGAUCAUUACUGGAGGUCACCCCGAUGUCCGACCGGGAUUUUGGACGCUACAACUGCACGGCCAGGAACAACAUCGGCGCUCGAUAUCAGGAGUUUAUUUUAGCACAGGCAGAUGUUCCGUCCAACCCGUACUCUGUCCGGUUGUCCUCGGUGUCUCAGCGCAUCGCUUCAGUCACCUUUAUGAAGCCUGACUCUCACGGCGGAGUUCCCAUCGGACACUAUAUCGUCAACUACAAGGACCAGAGUUCCCAGGAGUGGAGGACGGUGAAGUCACAUGGUGUACAGACGAUGGUUCUCCUGACCAGCCUGGAGCCCAACACGACCUAUGAGGUCAGAGUGGCGGCCGUGAACGGAAAAGGUCAAGGGGAGUACAGCCACACGGAGAUCUUCCAGACGUUACCCAUCCGAGAGCCCAGUCCCCCUACAGUGCACGGCCAGAGAGCUGUGGGAAAAGCCUACAGACUGGGACUGGUCAAACAGGAUGAUGGUGGGAUGCCCAUCGUGGAAUACAUUAUAAAAUACAAGACAGAUAAGGAGGAGCAGUGGAUGACUAAACUGGUUCCAGGUAUGAAUGACUUCACUGUCCUGCAGCCGCUGCAGUGGAACACGCGCUAUAACGUGGAGAUCACGGCCCGCAACGUUAAAGGCCUUUCAGAACCCACGUAUUUCCAGUUCGUCAUGCCACAGAAACCAGACAUCACAGCAGACUCCCUGUUCAGCGGCCUGGGCUUGGGCGCGGUGGUGGGUCUGGGGCUGGCCGGACUGCUGCUCCUGCUGGUGCUGGUGGACGUCAGCUGCUUCUUCUUGCGUCAGUGUGGUCUGCUGAUGUGCAUCUCCCGAAAGCUCUGCAGCAAGAAGACCGCCACCAGCAGUAAAGGAAAAGAGCUGGAGGAGGGAAAAGCGGCCUACCUAAAACUCCCUCUCAAAGAAGAAAACGGAAAAGACGUCCUAAAGCCAGACCUGAUCGAGAUCAAGGUGCACAGCGACAACAGCAUCCACACAAAACAGGAUGACAGCAAAGCGUAAUGAGGGGAAGGGGGGGCGGAGAAGGACAUUGUUUGGGAGGACGUUCCGAGCCUGGCCCGAACAAGACCAAAACAACCAGAAAAAAAAAAAAAACGAGAGAAGAAAAACGCAAAGAAGCGAAAAUCGGAAUCCUCGGAAGCUGAACGGAUGACUGAGGGCGCGCACACACACGGGCCUCUGUAAAUAUGUUCAAAUAUAUAAAGAGAAUUGAGUUUUUAUUGUGAUAAAUUAAUUGUCCUUUCUAUUUGAAUCGGCUCCAGCUGAAGGCACUUGAUUUUUAAGUGACUUUUGUUCUUUUUUUUAGACCCUUUUUUUUUUAUUUUGCUCUCGGUUUUGGUAGGACUUUAUUCAUGCUUAUGUUCCUUCGUUCUUUACCAAUUGAAACAUGUUGGGUCUCCAAGAAAACUCUGACGAAUAGAGCUUUUAAGGGUUGUGUGCCAGAUUGGACGUACCACCCAACUAAACGUCUUGUCUACAUUUCUACAACAGCAUGUGGUCUAAGGCAUGGACGUGUGCUUCAAGACAGUAACGUUGAUGUUCCUGCUGGUUUGGCCAUACUCUACCUGUGCAUCUGGAUUUAAUGACCAUCCUUCAACCUUUAUUUUGAGGAACCAGUUGAGCAAUGAAGGACAGACCAACACAGGAGACAUUAAAAGACAUCAGUUCGGUAACACUUCUUAUGAAUCCUGUAUGAAUUAUAAUGCAUUAAAUAGCAAACAUAACAUUUUUACAGUAACUGUCAUAAGCUAGUUAAAUACCAUUUAAGUUAAAAGGAUUGUAAAAUUACAAUAAUUCACUCUGGAAAUACAAUACAGCUUAAUACUGUAUAAUAGGAGUUGUAAUAGAGUAUUACAGCUUUUGUAAUAAAUAAAUCUAUUAUAAUACUGUAAUUACACAGCAUGAAGUCACACUUUGCUGCAGUAAAGAAAAUAGUAACUUAUUCUUAUGGCCUAAAACACUCACUGUGUCCAGGCAGUCAAUUACCAUUAUGUAACAUACUGAGUAUCUAAAUAGCCAUGGUAGAAUAGCUAUGGUAGGCAAAACCACACACUGAUGGUGCAUAGUAAAGGGUGCGAGGUCACGCCCAUUAUGCAAAUAAAGGAUGUCAGAGGGCCAAUAGGAAAGAUGACAUUUUUGUGUAACUACAAAAUAUUUGAGUUUCAAUUUAGGUGAUACUUACUCAAAGUAUUGGGUGGGUGCAGAGUGGUCCAGUGGUCUAAAUCCCAGUGUUUGAAUCCCAGUCAUGCAGCUUGACAUCAGCUGUCGGAGUCCUGAAAGAGCAAAAAUUGACCUUGUUCUUUCUGGGUGGGUACAGUAGAUGGCGCUCUUUCCCCUAAUCACUUCUAGGGUGAUGUUGAUCAGCACAAGGCUGCAUCUGUGAGCUGAUGUAUCAAAACCAAUAUCUUUUGUUUGUGCAUUUGUUAUACUUAAAUGGUUUUCAGAUUAUCAAACAAACUUUCUGUCUGACAACAUGAAGCAGCUAAAAGAUCUUAAAAAACAACACAUUAUUAUAUCCCGAUCUGAAAAUAUUCAAAAACAGAUAAGAAAACAGGGUCAUUGAUCAGCUAUCAGUCUAGAAAAGUCAUUUCUAAAGCUUUGAGACUCCAAAGAACCACAGUGAGAGCUAUUAUUCACUAAUGGAGAAAACAUGGAACACUGGUGAACCUUCCCAGGAGUGACCGGCCGACUAAAUUACUCCAAAAGGGCAUGAACAACUCAUCCAGGAGGUCCCAAAAGAACCCAGAACAGCAUUUAAAGAACUGCAGGAUCUCACUAACGGCCUCAGUUAGGAUCAGUUUUAAUUAUUCAAUAAUAAGAAAAAGACUUACCAAAAAUAACACUUUUUUUACAAGCUUAUGACCAUAAUUAUAAGGUUUUAUGCACGCCAUAUAAUGCAUUAUAAAUUCAGUAUGUAUGUAUGUACAGGAUUCAUAGGAAGUCUUUCCAACUUUUCUUUUUUAAACCCACCCACUGAUAUUGCUGUUGCAGAGCACUUCCCAUGAAACACAGUAACGUGAGCGUGAAAGUGAGUAUGUCGUGCUAAAGGCAAUGUCGGUCCCUUGAGCCAUAACCAGUUAUUAGAUUUUAUAUAUUUUAUGAUGAAUUUCACUCGUUGUACAUAUGCGUGUAUAUUGUAGUGCUGAUAUACUGUAUAUGAAGUGUUCCUUGGAAAUCAGAAAAAGAAAGAAUCAGGUAAGGUAGAAAGGUAGACUUCGCUGUGCGUACUGCAGACGUUUAGGAAAUGGUUUAUGAAUUGUGGAAAAAAAUGUUUGUGCAGAUGUUUAACAUUCAAAAAAAUGUCAUUCAUAAAUAGCAUUAUCACUAGUACACUAGUCUCUCAUGUCAGACGGCUAUUCAACCAGAUCACCAGAAAUUAAGAGACUUUAAACUAUGAGAAAUCUGUAAUUUGUGCUCAUGGGCUCCCCCUACAGUGCUCUUAAGAAGGACACGCUUUACACAUGCAUUUCUGGACAAGCUGAGAAAUAAAGACUUGUCACUGAAAGUUAAAAAAAAAAGCAUUUAAACACAUUUCACAAAGUUGUGCUCAUGGGCUCCCCCUACAGUCUAAAAGUGUAAUUUGUGCUUUGAGCCAUCUUUUAAGAAGGAUACAAUUUAAACAUGCAUUUCUGGACAAGCUGAGAUAUACUGAAUUGUCACUAAAAGGGAAAAACAUUACAACUAUAACACUAUGGUUAUAUUACAGAAUUAUUUACAAAUACAUACAAAAUGCAGCAUUAUGAGAGAUUUGUAAUUUGUGCUCAUGGGCUCCCCCUACAGUCUGAAAGUGUAAUUUGUGCUCUCAGCCACCUUUUAAGAAGGACACGCUUUACACAUGCAUUUCUGGACAAGCUGGGAUGUACGGAAUUAUCACUGAAAGUGAAAAAAGCAUGUAAACUAUAACAGAAUUUUUUCACAAAUAUGUAUGCAACUUUAUGUGAGAUUUUUAAUUCAUGCUCAUCGGCUCCCCCUACAGUCUGAAAGUGUAACAGUCUUAAGAAGAACACACUUUUCACCUAUAUUUCUGGACAAGCUGAGACAUAUAGAAUUGUCACUGAAAGUGAUUUUUUUUUUGUUUCGUUUUGUUUUUUUCACAAUGCAACAUUACACAAGAUUUUUAAUUUGUGCUCAUUGGGUUCCCCUUCAGUCUAAAAGUGUAUAUUAUGCUUUGAGCCAACUUUUAAGAAGGAUACGCUUUACACAUGCAUUUCUGGACAAGCUGAGAUGUUUAGAAUUGUCACUGUAAGUGGACAAAUCAUGUAAACUGUCACAGUAUAGUGAUAUUACUGAGUGAUAUAAACUGCUGAAUGUGAAGAGUUGGUACUUUUGGUUUGUGUGUGAUUUAUUUAGCAAGAACAAGAUUUUUUUAUUGUUUUUUAGAUUUAUUAUUUUUUUUUAUUUCUGAUUUGACGGAAUAAUGAAAUCUUUAAACACAGUACAGAAGCAGGGUUCACUAUGUGCGUGUUGUGCUGCCUGUCGAUUCAUCAAAUUGAGUUUAGAGGAUACGUGCUUUCAGUUUUAUGAGUUUUUGUUCUUGUUUGUAUCUCACUAUUUGCAGAAAUACACAAUUACUCAUGUAAUCCCAAACACACAGCCGAUACUGAAUUUAUAUUCAAAGAUUUGGUGGAUAUUUGUGUUUAACUUGAAUAGAAACUCCAUUAUUGCUUAUGUCUUUCUUUUCUUUUCUUUUCUCUUCUUUUAUUUUCUUUCUUUUUGUGUUCAAUUUUUUUUAACUGAAUAAUCUACAUUUCAGGCUACAAUUAGAUCUUAUAAUUGAAAAGUGCUCGUAACUCACACCAUCAUGCGUGUAAAAGUGAACUCUUAUGAGUCCUUAUUUGUUAUUUAUGUACCAUUGACUUUCCUAUUAUUUCCUAUUAUUUGCCCAUUAAAACGGGUCCUUUUUUAAAUUCUUAUGUAAUGUUGAUCAGUAUAAUGGUAAAAUUUAUAUCAGGGUCCUGAAGUCUUGCUCUUGCCCCCCCUGCAGUUUAACAGUGUAAUUUGUGCUUUGAGGCAAACCUCAAGAAGGACACGCUUUACACAUGCAUUUCUGGACAAGCUGAAAGAAAUAGAAUUGUCACUGAAAGUGGAAAAAGGCAUGUAAACUGUCACAGUAUAGUUAUAUUUCAGAAUUUUUCACAAAUAUGAUAUAAUUCACACCAUCAUGUGUGUAGAAGUUAACCCUUACAGGUCCUUAUUUGUUAUUGUCAUAUCAUUUCACUUUUUCCCUAUUUUAUGGCCAUAAAAAUGGGUUUUAUUUUAUAUCAUAAUGUAAAGUUGAUCAUUAUUAUAUUUUAAUUUAUAUAUAGGUUCCUGAAGUCUUGCUCUUGCCCUUAACCCUUACAAGUGCUUAUUUGUUAUUAUAACAUCAUUGAUUUUGUAUUGUCAGGUUUGACCUUAAAAAAUGCUUUUUUUAUUUUCUAAAGGUAAAUUAUCAUUAUAAUAUGUACAUUAAAGAGGGUGUUCUAAUGUGGAUGUAAUGGGCCACCAUCUGCUUGCUAUGCUUUUUAUAAACGUUCUUGUGAUUUCACUUGAUAGGUGACAGCCCACCUUAAUCUCCUUAAUUUUAAUCAGUGCAAUUUUAUAUUUAUUGACUGUUACUUUUUUGUUAUUUUUCUUCUGAUUGUAUUGAUUUUUGGGUGACAAAAGCCUGUUUUACCAUUCAAAA